AUGGAGCCUUACAAGCUUUAUCGAUCGGUAAACCUUGCUGCCACACACAGAGACACAUUGUCUAACGAUGCAAUAGACGCGAUGGUUGCAGUAUUUGAUGAUCUACUGUUCGCAUUUAAACGAGCUUGUGGUAUGAUACAAACUGCUGGAGUAUAA